CCUUUCCAGUCUGUGUCUAACCCCCCUCCCCUCCCUGCUCUCCUCUUUCCGUUUGUGACGGAGAUAAUCUCUCCGUGAUGCUGAUGGUUUGGGCCUGUGCAUGAUGUUGUUCAUCCAGCCUCCAUCAUUCCACGGAGAGAAACAGAGAGUCUCGCUUUUCAAAUGGUCUAUUUCUCCAUCACUCCCUCGUUCGUUCGGGACCAGAUCCUCUCGGCAUUCGUAAUCUAAAUCUGGUCUGAUUUCUGGUUGGUCGAUCUACAUUAAGGGGACGGAACCACAGCAGUCUGCUGCUAGCAGCGGAAAGUACUUAUGGCGAUGACCCCCCACACCGCUGAGGUAGCUCGUCUCUACCAGACAGAGUUUAUCCGUAGCGCCCGGGCGGUGGGCGUUCUCUGGGCUGUGUGUACCCUCUGCUUCGCCAUCAUCGAGGUUGUCAUUCUAAUACAGCCCUCUUGGGUGGGCACCAGAGAGGUUCACUACCAGGGAGGGGGCCCCGUGCCAAAGACUGGUACCCUGGGACUGUUCGAGGUGUGUGUGGAGUCUGAUUGGCCGGUUCCAGAGUGUCGUGGCUCACUGAGCACUCUGACCCCUCUCCCAGCCUUCCAGUCCCCUGCUGUGCUGGUUUGCAUGUCCCUGACCAUGGUCUGGAGCAGUGUCGGCUGCCUCUCCCUCUUCAGAUUCUGCAACGCCGCCACCGUCUACAAGAUAUGCGCUUGGCUGCAGCUUACUGCAGGGUUCUGCCUGGCUCUCGCCUGCGUGCUGUUCCCUGACUCGUGGGAUUGUGCGGACAUGCGGGACCUGUGUGGUGAUGGGGUAACCAGUUUCUCCUCCGGAAACUGCUCUGUCCACUGGGCCUUUGUCCUGGCCUUGUUGGGGGUCCUGGAUGCUGCCAUUCUUGCCACUCUGGCCUUUGUACUGGGCAACCGACAGGACGCUCUGCUACCAGAGGACACCAAGGAUGUGACAGGGUUUCUGCUGUCUGCUUAGACUGGCUGGUCCCCAUUCUGUGUUAUAUAUAUAUAUAGUUCAUGUCCCUCACUAUUUCCUCUCUCUCUCUCAUUAAUUUCCUGUCCCUCACUCUUUCCUCUCUCUCUCUCAUUAAUUUCAUGUCCCUCACUUUUCCCUCUCUCUAUCUCAUUAAUUUCAUAUCUCUCACUCUUUCCCCUCUCUAUCUCACUAAUUUCAUAUCUCUCACUCUUUCCUCUCUCUAUAUCUCACUAAUUUCAUAUCUCUCACUCUUUCCUCUCUCUCUCAUUAUUUUCAUAUCUCUCACUCUUUCCUCUCUCUAUCUCAUUAAUUUCAUAUCUCUCACUCUUUCCCCUCUCUAUCUCAUUAAUUUCAUAUCUCUCACUCUUUCCUCUCUCUAUCUCAUUAAUUUCAUAUCUCUCACUCUUUCCCCUCUCUAGCUCAUUAAUUUCAUAUCUCUCACUCUUUCCCCUCUCUAUCUUAUUCAUUUCAUAUCUCUCACUCUUUCCCCUCUCUAUCUCAUUCAUUUCAUAUCUCUCACUCUUUCCUCUCUCUCAUUAAUGUCAUGUCCCUCACUCUUUGGGUCCUUACUACGCUGUGUUGUGUUUCCUGUUCUCUUCUGGAACCUUCCCUUUGUUUCCCGUGAUGUCCUCCUCUAUCCAUCUUCAUUGGGUCAAUAAACACGCUGGAGGAAGAACCCUCUGACUCCUCCCCCUUGGUAUUACAUCACCAUGCAUAUCCUGGUUACAUAAUGUCCCUGCAUGGAAACGGUCACCUGGCAGCAGAAGACCUGGAGCUGUGUUCUACUCCCUGAGACUGAGGACAAUGAUCUCCUGGAUGUUUUAAACCCUUGAGAGGCUACCGGUGCUGGACUACGAAGGAGGGAAGAUGGUGACACCCCGAGAUUUAGGACAUUAGUGCUGUUACAGUUCAUUUAUGACGGAUUAUAUACAGAUAUAUUUCUCAAUGUUCAGUGUUUUGAGGGACAGUGUUUUGUAGGCGUGUAGGAAUGAUGUUUUUAAUGUUGUUUGUCCCCUUUAAUAUGAGAGAAUAUUUUUGCCUUAUUUCCAUAUCCCCCGCCUGAGGGAGGCGAGAUGUGAUGAGGAUGCUUGAGAAAAGCUUUCUUGUAGAGUGUUCUUGUCUUAGAAAAAUUCCAUGAACUUUAUAGAAUAGUAUAUCCUUCUUUUUUUUCGGUGUAAAUAAAAAAAAAAUUGUAUUAAAUACCUUUUUGUUUAUACUAACCCUGAUAUUGAGUAAUUUGUCAAAUUCUGUUAUUGUGUGCAUGUUUUACUGUAGUGCCAUUUCCAGUAAAUGUGUGAGAUAUUGUAUUUCUUGGUAUUGUGUAUUAUGUAUUGCCUGUACUGGGAUUAGAAGGCAACAAUCACUCUACGACACAAUAUUAAAACGUAUUCCAUCUCAAAACGCAA